GCACUGUCGGGGUGCAGGACGGCCACUGGAGGAGAGCAGGCUGCGGCUCUCGCAAGCUUUAGAGGCAGAGCCUCCGUGAUGUUCCGGAUCGAGGGUCUCAGGCCGAAGUUGGACCUGGAGGAGAUGAAGCAGAAGAUGCGUGAGGAUGUGGUCUCCUCCAUUCGGAACUUCGUCAUCUAUGUGGCCCUGCUGCGAGUCACUCCAUACAUCUUAAAGAAGCUGGAUAGCAUAAAAGGACAGGGAGUCAUGUGGAUGCAUGGCAUGAAGAACCUGGUGACAGUUUCUCCUCCUGUCUGCAGAUGA